ACCACCACAACACCAGCCGGACCUCAGACGCUGGCCCCCGGAUUCACAUCGACUAACUCUCACAAAAGGAUCCCAAACAGGAGAGACGCCAAAACCGCUGCAGAUUGCACUCACGAAAACAAGGGAAUCUACGGCUGUGUGUACUUUUGUCCACUGUUUAAUCUCCGCUGGUGACCCUCCUCCAUCGUGCCACAAUGUCCGAGGUGCUGCCAUACAACGAGGGGAAAAUGAGCGGCUACGGGGCGGACAGCGAGGUCAGCCAGAUGUCCUUUAGCUGCGGACUGCAGGACACAAGCGCCUUUUUCGCCGCGUCGCAGGCGAAAAGACCCCCGAAGCUCGGACAGAUCGGCAGAGCCAAGCGAGUGGUCAUCGAGGACGACCGGAUAGACGAGGUCCUGAAGGGGAUGACAGACAAGUCCUCACCCGGCGUGUAAAACACGAACGAUGCCUUGCAGACUUUUUAAUUUUGAUCACCGAUUUGAAGCACUUGGCGGCUGUGCAUGUUCGAGGAUUGCGGGAGAAAAGCGACUGCACGAAGCGAGGAUGGCGUGAGGAA